AUGGGUGCAUUGGGCCUCCCCAGCAACGACAGCAACGAUAUCCACGUGUUGGUGGCUGUCCGCAGGAGAUGGUUGACGUGUGCGAUGGUCGGGGUCGGGACAAUCAUCCACAUUGACAUGCGUGAUCACAAGACUGUCCUCGACCUGCAGAAGGCAAUCAGCGAGAGUCCAAACAUUGCAUUGCAUGCGGAUUGCAUGGCCCUGUACGUGGCGAAGAAGGGCAGCAAGUGGCUCACCGUCAACGACCUGAAGGAGGUCAAGUCGAGUGGAAUGGCAACGUUGACGACUGCCGGUGGCCAACUGAUGAAGCCGCGCACUGCACUAGGUACUUACAACUUCCCCGGCGAGGUGGCCUACUACGAAGAAGACGGCGACGUCGACGACGUGCACGUGUUGGUGGUGUCCGUGCCGCCUGCCCGCGAAGUCGCUUCCAGCGUGACGAUUUCAUGUGUGGCAAUCGGAGUUGGGACACUAUUUACCCUCAAGGUCCGUGACAGCGUGAGCGUGUUGGGUCUCAAAAACGCAAUCCACACGAGAUACCAGUUCCCUGUGUACGACCUCGACCUCUACCUGGCGCAACGAAGCGAUGGCACUUGGAUAAAGGAGGAUGACCCCGAUGGAAUGGUACUCAAGUCUGGACAUCUAUCUGGGGCAAUCAAACCGUUGAUGACACCAGCGACCAUGAUGAACGAUGCAACUCAAGUGCGCGCACUGAACCUCCCCGACGACGACAGCAACGACAUCCACGUCUUGGUAGCUGUCCGCAAGCGAUUUUUGACGUGUGCGGUGGUCGGGGUAGGGACAAUCUUUUUCGUCGACAUGCGCGAUCACAAGAUGGUGGAAGACCUGCAGGACGACAUUCGCCAGAGUCAGAAGUUUGCAUUUCCAUCAACCUCCCUGAACCUGUACGUUGCGAAGAAGGACAACACGUGGCUCACUAUCCACGAUGCCGACGUGAAGCUCGUGAAGACUGGCAAGAUUCCAAGUGGAAUCAAAGCGAUAACGACUGCAGGUGGCCAACUCAUGGCGCCACAUUCGCCACUUCAUUCUUUCAACUUCCCGGGCGAAGUCGUUUACGUGGCAGGCGUCGACAUCGAUGCCAUACAUCUGUUGGUGACGGUGCCGAAAUCGCACCAAAAGGCCUCCAACGUGGCGAUAUCGUGUGUGGUGGUCGGGAGCGGCGUCAGCGUGGCAAUUGUGAUAGACGAGCGCGACACCGUCUUGGACCUGAAGAAAGCAAUCACGGAGCGCAUGGAGUUUCCAUUUCCUGCGUUUCAAUUGACGCUGUACGUUACGAAGACGAACAACAGCGACUGGCUCCAGUGGAGUGACCGCGAUGCAAUCGAGCUGACGUGUGGAGAGAUCCCUCGUGGAAUCAAACAACUGAUGUCGGACGUGGCCAAAAUGGACUCCGAAUCCAUCUUGAGCGCAUUUCACUUCGUCGACGACGAAGUGCCCAUCGGAGAUGACAUUCACGUGCUUGUGGACCUGCCAGCGCAUGCAAAGUCUGGCGUUCAUUACGACAGUAUGUACUAA